AUGGACGGCCCAGAUCAGAUCGGGCCAGACCUCAGCCCUAAAAGGACGCUCCGUGACCGUUUGCGACGGACGGUCAACGCUUUCACCACCAAAGAUGGACUGGUUGGGGACUACGAUUAUGCGUUUCUCUUCACGCCGAGGCUCCCAUUUAUCAAGCAAAAGAGGAGGUCUGCGCCGUUUUUCGGCCUCGAGGACAAGAUUCCCGUAAUUCUAGCUCUGCUGCUGGGGCUGCAGCAUGCGCUGGCGAUGCUGGCUGGAGUGAUCACUCCUCCGAUCCUUCUGGCUGGCUCGUCCGGUGCAAACUUCGGCUCUGAAGAUUCACAAUACCUCGUCUCGACUUCCCUAAUCGUCUCCGGUUUUCUCUCCGCUAUUCAGAUGCUUCGCUUGCACAUUCACAAAACGCGAUAUUACGUCGGCACAGGUCUGGUUUCGGUGGUGGGAACUUCGUUUGCGACAAUCACAGUGGCAACAGGUACAUUCGCGCAGAUGUAUUCAACCGGAUACUGUCCAGUGGAUGAUUCAGGCGCAAAAUUGCCCUGCCCGAAAGGAUAUGGAGCGUUACUGGCCACCUCCUGCCUAUGUUCUUUACUGGAAAUCGGGCUUUCGUUCAUGAGCAGCAGGCUGCUGAAAGCUCUCUUCCCGCCCAUCGUGACAGGCCCUACGGUCUUCCUGAUCGGGGCGAGUCUGAUCUCGAACGGAAUGAAAGACUGGGCCGGUGGUUCUGGCACAUGCGGCAGCAACCCUGGUGACGGGUCACUUUGCCCCAGUGCAGAUGCUCCCCACGCCUUACCCUGGGGUAGCGCCGAGUUUAUUGGACUGGGUUUCCUCGUCUUUGUAACCAUCAUCCUCUGCGAGCGAUUCGGCUCACCCAUCAUGAAAUCCUGCGCUGUGAUCGUCGGCCUGCUAGUCGGCUGCAUCGUCGCCGCCGCCUGCGGCUACUUUGACCGGUCCGGUAUCGACGCUGCACCCGUCGCUUCGUUCGUCUGGGUCAGAACUUUCCCGCUAAACAUCUACGCGCCACUAAUCCUACCACUCCUUGCCGUCUACAUGGUUAUCAUGAUGGAAUCCAUCGGCGACAUCACAGCCACCUGUGACGUCUCACGGCUACAAGUCUCCGGGCCGACCUUCGACUCCCGCAUCCAAGGCGGCGUUCUAGGAAACGGCGUAACCUGCCUCCUCGCCGGCCUGUGCACAAUAACACCCAUGUCUGUCUUCGCACAGAACAACGGUGUCAUCGCCCUUACGCGCUGCGCAAACCGUAAGGCCGGGUACUGCUGCUGUUUUUUCCUAGUCAUCAUGGGCAUCUUCACGAAAUUCGCCGCCGCUCUCGUCGCAAUCCCUUCUUCCGUCCUUGGCGGCAUGACCACAUUCCUCUUCUCGUCUGUUGCAAUCUCUGGAGUCCGCAUCAUGUGUAGCGUUGACUGGACACGUCGGAAUCGAUUCAUCCUAACCGCCUCUUUCGCGGUCGGUAUGGCGGCGACGCUGGUGCCGGAUUGGUUCUCCUAUGUAUUCACUUACAAGGGCGAUGACCACGCGCUGGAGGGUCUUCUCCAGGCCGUGGAGUUGGUCAUGGCCAAUGGAUUUGCCGUUACGGGGUUCUUAGGCUUAGUUUUGAACUUACUUCUGCCUGAUGACCCCGAGGAUGAAGCUCGUGUUGUCGAGUCGGAUGAUGGAUCGGCUUUGGCUGAUAAUGAGCCCGACGCGGGAUCUUCGAGGGAUCCGACAAUUAAAGCUUAA